UAGAAUCGAACAGAACUCGAUCAAAAAUCCCCUGCUCCUCCGAACUCCUCGGCAGGAACUUUCUCCGGAUUGAUUCUCAGAAAUUUUUUUAGUCAACCGAGACUUACCAAAUUGACGUUAUAAUUCUUCGAUACAUUGCUUCGACGACAUGUCCUUCUCGUCCAAAGAUGUCAAAAAAACCUGUAAAUCGAAACCAGUAAAUUUCCCCCAACUCAUCUGGGAAUCCCAAAUUGGAUCUUGAUCGGUGUCAAUGGAUUCUUCUUCUUAUGCAGGGCACUCUCUCUCCUACUAUGAUUAUCUCAAUCUCCUCUUCCUCCGACCCAUUCUCGCCAUCACCUUCGUGUUCUCCUUACUUCUUCUAGGCUGGUUUUUGGCGUGGAAGCUAGUUCUAGUUCACGUUCCUCUGGUACAAGAAAUCUUUGGUUUGAGGAAAAAACCUGUAAAGCCAAAACCCGAGACAAGGCGGCGGCUUACUCGGUUCUACAACAGCUUCAAUACCCAAAAUUCGACUUCUUUAUGGGAAGAAGGUGCUCAUUGAUCUGGCUGGUAAAGUGUUGAAGAAGCUAAGAAGCCCCCGAGGAGGGGGAAAUAUAUUACAGAUAGAUAUAGGGAAAUUUUGGCUCAAAUUCAAGGUGAAGUAUGUGAGGAAGCCGGUAUUCUAAAGUUAUUUGGAUUCUUUCUUAAG